AUGCUGUUCGGCGAGCUGCUGGACGAAGCGGCCAGCACGCGGAUGCUGAACGAGGCCUGGGAGGCCGGCAUCGACGCAUUCGACUCCGCGGAAAUGUACCCGGUACCGCAGCGCGUGGAGACGAGCGGCGAGUCGGAGCGAAUCCUCGGCCGGUGGCUCAAGACGAGACCGCGUGACCGCGCCGUCGUGUGCACGAAGAUUGCGGGUCCGGGCGGGAUGGACUGGAUCCGCGGCGGCCCCGUUUCACUGUCGCCAGCGGACAUUGCAGCGGCGAUCGAAGGGUCGCUGCAGCGCCUCGGAACGGACCACAUCGACCUCAUCCAGAUCCACUGGCCGGACCGCUACGUCCCCAUGUUCGGCGAGGUCGAGUACAGGCCGGAGUUGGCGUACACGUCGGUGUCUAUAGAGGACCAGUACGACGCGUUGACGCGCGCGGUGGACGCCGGGAAGGUCCGCUACGUCGGCCUGAGCAACGAGACGCCGUGGGGCGUCGCUCAGUGGACCCGGCUCCACGAAGACCCCCCCUCGGACACCCCCCCAAUCGUGGCUCUUCAGAACGCGUAUAAUCUGCUGUGCCGCACGCACGAGGCCGGGACCGCGGAGGCGUGCCACGCGACCGGCGUCAGCCUGCUCGCGUACAGCCCCCUCGCGAUGGGCCUGCUCUCGGGGAAGUACCUGCAGGGCGCAAUUGUCCCCCGGGGACCAAGCGGGCCGUCGGACGGCCCCGGGUUCCUCUGCGAGCACGGCGGGCGGUCGACGGACCGGCUCAACCGCUAUCGGGGGCGGUACGCGGAGGCGGAGUCGCGGUACGGCGCGCGGCGCCCGGUCGUGGAGGCGACGAGGGAGUACGUCAGGGUGGCGGGGGAGUGUGGCGUCAGUCCGACGGAGCUGGCCCUGCGCUGGGUGCUCGGGCGGCCGGGCGUCGCGGCAGCGGUGAUCGGGGCGUCGGACAACGCGCAGCUGCGAGAGCUGGUCGCGGCGGCGGAGGGCGGCCGUUUGCCUGAUGGCGUUGUGGAGCGGAUCGACGCAGUGCACCGGGCCUGGCCGAACCCGUGCCCGUAG